AAACAACAAAUGGACUUCAUGCAGACCAUUUUCGAAAUACAAAUUAAUUUAAUCUAUUAUUGUAGAUUUGAUAAGCUAAUCAGAUAGUACAUGUAUAAAUUGAAAGUGCGCAAGAUCACGGCUAUGUGUACCAAGUUUAGGUGACGGCUGGAUUAUCAUCGGCUUUUUAUUUUGAGACUUAUUAUUUGCCUGUUAAUGGGUUGUGCUGCAUCUUGCAUACAGGAAGCGACUAUGUCGUUGUUCGGGAGAUCUUCAAACAAUAUAGCUGACGAUGAUAGAGCUAAAUUGGAAAGGAAGCUGUAUGUUGCCAAAGAGUCCCCGGAGCCCGAAUUCGACCUUUCUGAUUGUAAUUUGCGACAAAUACCGUCCGGCACGUAUUCUAUUUGCAAGGUCUACAGAAAAGAAUAUAUAUAUUUACACAAAAACGAUUUACAUUCCUUGGAAGACGGCGGCCAGUUGUCUGAUUUGUAUCUUAUUAAAGUGCUCAACAUUAGUUCUAACAAAUUUUCUCAUCUUCCCAGUGACAUAAAAUAUUUAGUUAAUGUUACUGAGUUGUAUGUUAGUGAUAAUAUGCUAAAGAAUAUAACAGACAAUAUUCAAUACAUGGAGAACUUGCAAGUUUUGGAUGUUUCGAAUAAUAAACUAAAAAGUCUUACACCAGUUCUUGGCAAAUUGAAAUAUUUAAGAAAAUUGAACAUUACUGGUAACAGAGAAUUAACAGAAAUAUGUCCUGAAUUAUGUUUUGCAAGGAAUUUGAUUUGCUUGGAAUUGGAUAUGGAAUAUAUUACUUUUCCUCCAGUUGAGAUUUGUCAGCAGGGAACAAGAGAAAUAAUGAGGUAUUUAUGUAAUAAGAUGAAUGUGGAAUAUUCCCCAGCUGCUGAAGAAAUUGAAGUGUUUUCGAUUAGAACAUCUAAUUCUCUAUUGGAUCCGUUUGCUAAAGCACAUUCUACUACUUGGGAAGAACAAGAAGCUUCUAUUGUCGCUCAAGAGAACAAGAUACACAAAAUAGCUAAAGAACAAAGAGAAAAAUUCUUGUCAAAGGUUCUACAAGAACAAUUAGAGUUAGACUCUGAAAUAGCUAAAGUUCAUGAACAGAGGGAGACAGAAAGACAAAGACUGAUUAAGGCCAUUCAAGAUGAUGAAAAAGAAAUAGAAUGUUUGGUUAAUAAUUUCAUUCAAUUUGAAUACUUGAAACCAGAAAUAAUUCAGCAACAGCUUGCUCAUGAACAGGCAGAGCAUGAAAGGCUGCUUGAAAUAACCAAACAAAAUUAUGAUAAUGUAAAGAAAUCUGAGAUUUUGAAAGCAAUGGAAAUGCUCCUGGAGGAAGACAGGUCAAUACAAUAUUCUAAAAAACAUUAUGAAGACUCUUUGAAUAAUAUUAAGCAGAGCAUGUUGAUGCAAGAUGCAGAAAUAGCUGAUAAAGUAACAGAUUUAAUUAAAGCUAAAGAUCAAUCAAGGACAGUAUUAGUGCAACAGUUUCUUGAAGAUCAAGAUAUCCAAAAAGCUAUUGUUGCCUCUUUGCUGGAAAGGGUGGAUGCUAGAAGUUGGAGUUUGAAUCAAGAAAUAUCCUUGAUCUCAUCUCACCUUGCCAGGCUGAGUGUUAUAGAACAAGAGAAGAAGAAAUUACAUAUAGCAUAUAACUACAAUGAGUUGCUAAACCAGAGAGUGCAACUUGUGAACUUUUUGGAUGAUCUCUUCAAUCAACAAAAUAAACGGAGGAAGCAGCUAAUUCAAACUGUAAAAGAAAUGGAAAAUGAAAAAAGCCAAACGAAUGACUUUUGGUUGAAAAACUACCAAAAGUUGAUAGAAUCUGCCCCAAAGACUUUGUUAGAUGUUGGUAAAUGUUUAGAUCCAGUUUUUGCUAACUACUUGCUACAAGAAGGUGUUAUACACUGUUUACCAUUUUUGGUUAAAUUUUUGUUUUCUGGUGAUGUAUUAAGUAAUAUAACAUUGGAAAAAUUGAAAGAGAGUGGAGUUUCACUUUCAGCUGACAGAGAUGCAAUUAUGAGAGCAAUCAACUUUUACAUUGGUAUCAAAAAUUCUGAAAAUUCUAAUGCUAAUUAUGAACAACCAACAUCUAUACAACCAAGUGCUCCAAUAGAGGAUGUCGAUGAGAACAAUUGUACUGGAGUUGUAAAUGUAGUUGAAGAAUCUACUCUGGAAUCGGAGUGCGUGAUUUGUAUGGAUGCAAAAUGUGAGGUGGUGUUCAUACCAUGUGGUCACAUGUGUUGCUGUAAAGAUUGCGGGGGAGGUGUUGAAGAUUGUCCCAUGUGCAGAUGUAGUAUUGAAAGGACAAUCAAAGUUAUGAUGGCAUGAAACCUUGAAUCAGGAUCUCAAAAAACAAAUGAAUUAACUUGAAUAUCUUGAAGCAUUGUGGAGAAUGGAAAGGAUUCAAAGAAGUCACUAAUCUUUAGUAAUUUUGAUAAGAUAUCAUUAUGCUUUUCAUAUUAUUUAUGAACAUUGAUGAGAAAAAUAAUAAUACUGAAUUGAGAAGAAAAGUGUAGUCCUCAAUUUUGAAGGGUAUUUAAAAUAUUAAAGAUAAUACAAAUCAUAAUAUUGAUGAGUUAUACUGUAAUUAUCAAUUAUGACUAUAAAUAAAACAGGAAAAUGUUUUAAAUGUUUAUAAUGCAAUGAUGUAUUUGUGAGAAAACCCAAACCAAAAAUGUUAAUUAGUGAGGUAUUAUACAAAUUCAAACAUUAACUUUGGGCCUGUACCAUUUUUAAUAAUUUUUAAAUUAUAAAGAACAUUAAAAUUGUUAUAUUAAGAAAUGCAUAUAUUCCUUGCAAGAUGCCACUAUUUUGGUAUUUCGCUAUUAUAAAAUUUGCCUCAUUUGUUAUUAAAAAAUAAUUAUUAUUGUACUCAAUUUCAUGUUAUUGAUUAAGUAAAAAAAAAUGCUUCAGAGUAAUUGUAUACAGUUUCUGCAGAUUUGCUGUUACUAUCUGCUAAAUGGGCGCUUGUACAUUGAUAGAGUAUAUCGUAUUCAAGAAUGGUUAUUUUACACUUAUUGAUUGUACAAGGGCUUAUUGGUGGCUAACCGCGGAACUGAUUCACACUUUUGUAAUCAGGUGUAUUGGUAAUAUGGAGUAGGUUAUUUUUGAAAUAUCUAUAUUAUAUUACCAUAUUUGGUAUAUGGUAUAUCACCUACCACAGUUAUUUAUUAUGAAACUAUAAUCCACGAUAGCAAAACAUUUUAUUAUAAAAAGCUUGGAAACUUUGAGUCAACAUAUAGAGACUUGUGAUCUUUGUGUUUUACUGCGUCUUUGUUAGGUACUGCUCUGAGGAAUUAAAUGGUGGGGCGACUUGUGUCUCUGAAAAUUGUGAUAUCCAUAUAAUCACUUAACAUAAGGCGGGCAAUAAAGUUAAUAGCAAAAAAAUUAUACUAACUUUAUACCAAUUAAAUAUCCCAGGAGCAAUUUUUUAAAAUAUAGGUACUACUGGUUUAAUGAUGAUGAUAAUGAGGUAAUAACAAUGAAAUAUGAGAAGUUAAAUAAUAUUAUUUACACUAUAAUAUCAUUAUAGUAUUUUUUUUCAUAUAGUAAUUACACAUUGUUUUAAAAUAACGUUUAGUAAUACUAGAUGUGUUACUAAAUAUUAUUUGAAGGUAAUAAUAUUUCCCUACAAUAGAUAUCAUGUUGUUUUAAAAAUUACUUAAUAACGUGUUACUAUAAUCUAAAUUACUUACGCUCAUUGUAAUUAGUCGGAUUGAGAUAUUAUAUUCAUUAGCUUGUGUUAUUUCGAUUGUAUUUUUACUCACUGCAUAGUAUUAUUGUUUUAUUAGGCGGCGCAUAUAUCAACUAAGCUUAUUAUAAUUCCAAAUCAGGAGUUUCUUGUUAAGUUCGGACAGAUCGGACUAAGAUUAUAGCGCGUUUUUUUAUAUUUGUGGGAUUACUGUUGACCCGUAGGCCUUUUUAGUUUCACCAGGACAGGAGCGUGUUUUAUGCUCACACGGUAUCACGCUUUCUAUCCAUUUCUACUACUAAGCAGCCAUAUCUUCUGGCUUAAGACCGGUAGAUAGAUAAGCAAAAAAACAGACUAUUAUUUAAGUACUUUACUGGUAAUAAAAAAGUUAUUUAUUAAAAUAUGUCGUCGUUGAGUUUCUGAUACAGUAACCCUUGAUUUCACCUGGCCUGUGUGCUUAGCGCCCUAGCGGUAAACGUAGGGGCGCUGUUCCAAAUCCAUACAAAUUUGAGAUAAUUUUUGUCCUUACGGAUCAUAUGCUAGUGUUAUUGGAUCAUUUGGAUCUGAUAUCCAAUAACCCUUGCAUUAGACGCCUACAGCUCUCACACUAGGAGCCGGUUUAGGGACCCCAGUAGCCAUACUCGUGGAACUCGGCAAAGAGUUCGACGUGCAACCCUAACCUAAACAUCAGCCCGCUGAGUUUCUCGCCGGCCUCAGGGCCACCAGUAAUCCUUCAAUCAUAAAAAAAAGAUAACUUUUACGAGAUCAAGAAGUUAAAAAACUCUCACAACUGGUAGAGUGAGAAAGUAAGUGCGGUCGUUGUCACCGCGCCGAUCACUUUUUGCUUGCUUUGCUCUUGCCUAAUAGGUAGGGAAAAAAGAUCACAUCCACCGGCCACUAUUAUUUUUGCGGUUCAUACAUUUCUAAAAUCGCUCGGAAAUGUCCUGAAUCUUAUUAAGACUCUUUGUCAAUCUAACGGAUUGUGCCUUGGUACCUUACUAUUUAUAUAUUUGUAUCGCUGUAUUGUGUUUAACUAUAGAGUGUACAUAUUCGAAUGUUGAUGAAAACGGCUGUGAGUACAUACGUUAAGGUACGCAUAAAAAUAUUUCAAAAUAUUUUAACGGUAGGCAGCGGCUUGGCUCUGCCCCUGGCAUUGCUGAAGUCCAUGGGCGACGGUAA